CAUUCCCAUUGUUAAAGCAUUAAUAAUACCAGUACUGUUCUGGUUUCAUUUUGGUAGUAAGUAAGAGGUUUGCUUUCUCCUGCCUUUAGCAUCUCCAGUAUGUACCUAUAAUAUCUGUGAAUGAGUUUGGGAAGAACUUUUGUCUUAUAGAAUUAAUGCAUUUUGACACCACUUUAACUGCCGUGGCUCAGUGCUAUGGAAUCCUGGGAGUUUUGGUUUGGCAAGGCCCCAGCACGCUUUGGCAAAGAAGGCUUAAGACCUUAGAGAACUAUAACUCUCAUGAUUCCAUAGCAUUGAGCCAUGACAGUUCAAAUGGUGUCGAACUGCAAUAUUCUACUCCUCUAGAGCAGGAGUGGGCAAACUUGGGCCCUCUAGGUGUUUUGGACUUCAACUCCCACAAUUCCUAACAGCCAGCUCUAGACUAUGGCCAUUCAGCUAUAAUUGUCCUGCAGUUCCCAUUAGCCUUAGCCAGCUUGGCCAACGAUAGAAACUUGUUGCCUACAGUAUAUAGUAUAUACUAUAGUAGUUUAUCAGUAUCUGGAAAACUGAAAUUUCCCUUUGUUAGUGACAAACCUCUUUUUAUACAAAGUAUCUGAGUCAUUUGGUUCAACUUGUGGUUGACAGCUCAUAGAAAUUCUUUCAGCUUUUUGUAAACUUCAUCAUGAUUCAUCAGAUAUACAAAUUAAAACCUCACUGACAUUUUAGUGCAACAAAGCACUUUUGCAAUCCCACCACUGGCAAUCUUGUGCCAAAUGGGCAGAACACAUAUAUAUUCAUACUUCUACCAUUUUAUAUUUUAUAUUGCUUGCUCUGCUAGCUUACAAUGCUGCCUAGGGAUUCCUUUCCCCUUUCAAUGAUGUGGCUGUAGGGUACAAACUUCAGGAAUACCUCAGUUCUCCCUAGGUCAACGGCAAGGGGUUUGAACAGGAGUCCUGCAGCAUCACCUUUGGGUACAGCCCUCCAGGUAGGACCAGAACCACUGCAAGGCAGUACCUCCCAGUCCUAUCCCAGUGAGACAGCCCAGGAAGAUAUCAUGGUCAAUGGUAUUGAAAGCCGCUGUGAGGUCCAGGAGAACCACAGGGACACACACCUCUUUAUUCUUUGCAUAGGUCAUCCACCAAGUCGAUCAGAGCUGUCUCUGUUCCAUAGCCUGUUUGAUCAGCCAGGAAGGGCAAGGAUCUAGAAUACAUGUGGUAGCUCUCACCUCUUCAAGGAUCUAGUCCACACCCUCAGGUUGUACAAACUGGACGAGCAGGAGCCAAAGUUACAUCCAUUGACCUUACUGUCCCUCUCUAACCUCCACAUUCAACCACAGACUCUUGGAUUCUGCUCUCUUUUGAACUUCAAGCCAAUCACUUCCAACAUUCCUCACAUACUUGAUCCCUCUUCAAACAAUUCAUUUACCGCAAAUUACCUAAUAAGCUCACAUACACAUUAGCACCACAACAAACAAGAAUGCUUCACUCUAAUUGAUGUAAUACAUUUGGACUCUUGUGUCUAGAAUAUGUUUUAGACUACAGGUGGAUAUGUGAAACCAUAAACAUUAACAAACCUUAUUAUUUUCAGUGGGAUGAAGGUGCUGAGAAAUAGGUAUAGUUUGUACAGGAAGCCCUACAUGAAUAAGUGAAACCAUGGUUAAGUGAAACCGUGUACGUACAUUCUGUGGAUAAUGGGUUGUAAUUAAUACAAAUAAUUGCAUUAAUAGUGAUGAUAGAACAUUUCAUAUCUUUUAUAUCCUAGAUUCAGGGGAGUUGUUGCUGGUUACAGGUGGCAUUACUAGGCGAGAUGGAUGUAUCAUGUUUUGAUCAAUACAGUUAUUCCAAGCAGAGAUUUUAAGCUCCCAAAAGGCCCUCAAGGUAGCUGGCAUUCAGCAAAACAUACAGGUAUAAGUUAAUAAUAAAUAACAUACAAUUAAAGUAGAGCCAUAAAAAGAUUCAAACAGUAAAGAGUUUUUCAGUCACAUGAAAUACCAGGUGAAUGUGUGAUUGAGGUGGCUGUUUUUUUUUUUUAAGAAGAGGUUUUAAGUGCUAGUCUAAAGGUCAAGAAGAAGGGGUCACCAAAUGUUUUUAGGCAGAGAGUUUCACGGAAAAAAUCCUGCAACUGAUGUGAUUUGUCCAAUGCCCAAGUCAACCAUAACUAUGAAGGUAAUAAAUUAUGGAGCAAAGCUUUAGCUCAGAGUGCACAAUUUUGAAUAUUUUUGUUUGGAAGGGAGCAUUUUUUUCACUCUUAUGAACCAUCACAAUCUUCAUUAAGUGCAGAAAUAUACAAGUCCCAGAUUCAUCUUUUUAAAAAAAAACAUUUAAAAGGUUUGGUGCUCCCUGUACCUUGUUUUCACAAAAAGCUGUAAUUUCCAGAGGCCUACUGAUGAUUUUUAGGAUGUUUUUUUCUUUCAUUUCAGGGCUCUGAUAGAUUUAUCAGACUGUAAAAACAGCCAACAGAAAUCACUGUGCCCUCCUCAACUUUCGUUGAUGUGCUCCAGGGUAAUCUGGAAGAAAUCAGUCAUUCAAAUAUCAUGUUCCCAGACUUCAGACAAGUUUUCUCUACUCUGACACCCUCCAAAUGUGUUGCAUGGUACAAUUUCCAGCACCCUACAGCAUGCUGAUUGGGUAAAAUGAUAUUUGUGGUCCAGCACCCACAUCUGACGGUGCCAGGUUGAGGAACUUUAUUUACAUUUAUCAUUGUGUCUCUGAAAUGCUGACAUAUAUAUUGUGUCAAGCAUUUGGGUUGUGUUAUGAGUAUACCUGUUUCCUGUGGUUUAGUACCAUUUUCAACUCUUCUUGCACAGACCCCUGAGGCAAAUUCCUUAGGCUUGUUCACAAUACAUUGGAGGAUGUUUGGAUGAAUAGAACAUGCAUUCUUUUAAAAAACUUUUUUUUAGGGGAAGCCUGGUGAAAGCUGAGUGGAAGCCUGGCGAAGCUAUUGUGGAGCUGAAAUCUCCUGCUGUGAGUGGCAUUAUCAUCAUGAGGCUAUCCAUCUGGAAUGCUGAGUUCCUCUUUUCUGGCUGCCUUCUAGCUUAGUAAACAUUGUCUUUUCUAGGAAAAUUUUGGCAUACCAUGGGGUUUAUGGAUCAGGGGAAGCAAUGCCUCCUUCCAGAAGAAGCCCUGUAUCUGCUGGAGUGUGGGUCUAUUCAGCUAUUUUACAAAGACUUGCCUUUGUCAAUCCAGGAAGCCUAUGAGAAUCUGCUGACCCAGAAGUCUAUGAGUCUGCUGAAGUACCAGGUAUUCUGCCACUUGAAGAGACUGGGUUACAUCGUUUUGAGAUUUCGUCCCAGCUCUGUUCCAACACUUUAUGAGGCACAGUUGAAUCUGGACGACCACUCUAGAAAUACAGAGGGAGGCCGACAUAAGAGAAAAAGGAGCUCCAGCUCUCGGUUACAAGAUGAGAAACCUCGAACUUCUGAAAAAUCUCUGGAAUGGAAAGAGUCACCCAAAAAGGCCAGGAGACAUCAUGAGAGAAGCAGUCACCCACCAUCAGACAGUUCAUCAUCCAAAGAAAGAAAGAAGGCCUCAGAUCUGCAAUGCACAAUCUUGGAGACCAUCCCAUCUUCCAGUGCGACACAGCAGCAUGAAGAAUCUCCAGUGUGUGGUCAACAGAGAUCUAAGAAGAACUCUCGGGCGGGUUAUGAUGAUGUCCGUCCUUCCCGUUGGGAUUUCUCCACAAUUACAUUCCCCAACGUAGGUGCUGAUGGCCCAUGCACCAUCCUCCCACAGCCUGAUAAGAAGGUCCUCCCGGAGAAUGUCACUGCACGGGAGGUGGAUGUGGCAGUUUGGCGUGUGCGUCUCAAUCAGAAGCAUGAGCGGUUGACCCGCAAAGAACGGGAACAGCUGAGGUGGGAGAGCCGGUACAAGAGCAGUGUCAAUGAGGAUAAUGAAGUCAGACAUUGCUCCAACUGGCAAGAGUACAAGGCUCUUUUGGAAGAGAGAAGACUGUGGAAAAAGAGGAGCCGUCCUGCACACCUUUGGGAACAAAGAGUCACACCACUGGUGAAACCAGACCAAGGACGUGCAACAGCUGAUGUUCUUCAACAGAUCAGUGUGUUCCAGGCCUCCCACAUCUUAGAUAAAGCAUCUCGGCUGCAGAACAAUUCCAGAGGCCUGAUGAUAGACUUUGAUGUUUAUCAAGCAGAUGUUGCUUCACGCUUUAAGAAGAAUGACCCUGGGAAGCCUUCUGUCCGGAUGUGUGUUCGAAGGUUUGAUGAGCAGAUCCCUUCCUUAAGGGCUUUGAAGCAACUUACUUACCAAAGUGGAGACAUCCCAUUGGUCUUUGCACUCGUAGACAAUGGAGACAUUGCUUUCUACUCUUUUAAGGAGUUCAAGCUGCCAACUGAUAUACAACCCUGAGAGAGCUGCUAUCACCUGGAGACUUUGGGACUGGUGUUUACACAUGAAUAAUAUAUUACUCAGGACUCACCUUCUGAUUUGUUCACCUGGAUGUAGAACAGAAUUGCUGAGGCCCCUUUUACGCUGCCAUAAAAUUCAGAUUAUCAAAGCAGAUAAUCCACAUUAUCUGCAUUGAACUGUAUUAUAUGAGUCUACAUUGACACAUAAUCCAGUUCAAAUCAGAUAAUCUGGAUUUUAUACGGCUGUGUAGAAGGGGCCUAAGAACACCAACACUGUUCUUUCCAUGCAUACAUAUUAAGUAUAGAAAGAACUGCCCCCUUCGCAAAAGCAAAGAGCAAUUUAAACUAAAUAUUUCCCAGAAGAAAACACAAUCAUUUUAUUCUUUUAAUCCACCAUUCCCAAAAUUAUCCUGAUUAUAUUUUUUCCUGUGAAGUUCUAGAAUGAGGACUAGGCCUUGUGUAGUAUUUCUGGAAAUCUGGAAUGGCUUUAUAAUUAACUGAUGCAAGAGUGUAGAGUUUCGAACCAUGGAUUCUGGCACCCACUGAAUGGUUUACUAUACUGUAUUUCUUCAGUUCUAAAACACAUUUUUCCCUAACAUAAACAUCUCUAAAAACAGGGUGCAUCUUAAAAUUGAGGGUGCUUUAUAAUGUAUUGUGUUUCCAAAUGAUGGACCCAAUUUCAAAGCAAUAUAUUCAUGAUGGCGAAGUGUUAGAAUGAUACAAAAAGUUACAAACAGCUUAACGAGUUAUCAGGUUUUACUACCAUUGAGUCAGAAACUAGUCUAAAAAAUAACUCCGCAAAUCUUGCAAAUGACUGAGGCUAAGGGCUGUUUGUGGGCUGGGAGAGGCACCUGAUGGUAAUAGUUUUAAACUCUGUGCCCCGCCCUUUCAAGUGGUAACAGUUUCUUAUAUGGGUGCUUUCUUGUUGCAGAAAUACGGUGAUUUCAAAUAGGGUCUGUCUUUUUGAAACAGUUAUUUAAACAAAACUUUUUUUCUGUUGGCAGUGUUGAAUUUAGGGUUUUUCAAUUGAUGACAUUUUAGAAUUGCAGAAACACAGUAUGUAAAUGCCACAAAUGACAAUCGCUAUCAGGGCCUACCUUAUGCAAAUGAAAAAAAUGGGUGUCUCACACUCUUCAGUUAUAGUACCUUGAUGGUACUUUAACUGGCUAGUUUUACAGAAUCAUGGGAUGUAUAGUUUGGGGAGAUGCUACAGGAGUUCUGUGAUAGGAAAUUCUAAAUACUUAACAAAAGUAUAGAUCCAAGGAUUUCGUAGUAUUGAGAGGCAUCAAAGUUCUAUAAUUCUGCAGUAUAAAUAAACCAGAGCAGAAAUACAGUAUUGGACAUUACAGUACAUGUUUCUAGUUCCAGCUUCUUGGCUUUUUGGAUAAGAUCAAGUGUGUGUGUAGUGUAGUUCCAGAACUAAGUGUAGCCAAGUGAGGAUGGUUUCCUGAGGCCAGGAACAUUGGGUGAAUAUUGAAAACUGAUUGUUUUGAAAUACAAGCCAAACCAGCUACUUUCCCAAUUUAUGAAAGUCAGGUACUCAUGUGUUUUUUCUUCAAAUAAGCGAUCUGCUAAACAAAAGAGAACUGCAAAAGAAAUCAUGGAAAUAUUUCUCCUUCCUUUUUUCUGUUCCAUAAAAGUAGCCAACCUUGAAUUAUUUAAAGGUUUCAGUCAUUAUUAUUGGACUGCUAUGAUUCACUUCUGCUUUCCAGUGUCUGCCUUGAAUUAAGUCUGUGACUCCUGAUGAGAGUCAUUGUCUGGAUUACCAGAGUUCAUUUGUAGCCAUUGCUGCUACAGUUUUUGUAAGAAAACAAUGUUCUUCCCUUUUGUGAUUUUGGCCAUCAGUGUUAUAGACAGGGUGGUUUUCCCCCCAUCUGUUUCAGGACUAAUUUCCAUUAGAAACUUCACAGAAAGUUUUGCUUUCUGUCAUUCAUGGUGAUGUUUAAUCUUGGAAGUUAAAGCAAUAAAAUAUGUUUUUACAAAGCA